CUGUGAUCAGUUUCCAUCGUACGAGAGGAUAAGAGGUGAACUAAUCAUCUCGUAAGUGGAGAAAAUAAUUAAAAUACAAUUUAAAACACUGUAAAAAAGAGAAGAGAAGUGAAGUGAAAAUCAAAACAAAAUUUUUUAAAGAAAAAGAAGAAAAAAAAGUUUAAACAAAAAAGAAAUUCAAUUCUAAUGAAAUAGAAGGAAUAUAAAGAGUCAAAAUAGUCAGGGCAUUGAAGUGUGUUUAAAGAAAAGAGUUCGCGAACGAUAACAAAAUACGAUCGUAAAACCGACAGCAGAGGCGGAAGAAGAAGCAUAAAAAAAUACAAAAAAAAAUUGUGUGCGAAGAAAAUUUAACGGGAUCUUAGUUUCCCAUAAAAAAUCCUCCGACUGAUACAAAGUGGAUGUUUUAAAUAACAUUUUCCAUAGCGAUGGUACUAAAAGGAUAAAUUAUUGAUCAAUGUGGAAGUAAUAGCAAGAUGGUUCAGGGGCUCGAACCGCCAGACGAAACUACCGGUCUUCUUCUGUAUCGUUCGCAGCCCCAAUUGUCAUCUCGUGAAAUUUUCUUCGAGAAAUCGAGGAAAAUUUUCCAUCCAUCAUCCGUAAUCAAUUGGUGGAGGAGAAAAACGAGAUCGAUUUGGUGGGAAACGGAGGAAAUGCAUCAAAUUGUGUAUACUUUCAAAACAAACAUGGAGUUUGGAUAAGAUAAACAUCCCCAACGUUUAAAAAAUAAAAGAUAAAAAAAUACAAGUAUAUUAUAUUACAAUACACAAUCAACAGAAGUAAGAUAAGAAAGUAAGAGUAAAAUAAAAGAAUAAAGGAAAUUUAAGAUAAAAUCUUAAAAAUUCACGAUACAAAGAAAGAAUAAGAAGAAGAAUACAGCAAAUUUUAACCAAAACUCUAAACGUCCUUAAAGGCGAAAAUCGAGAAAUUUAAAAGGUGAUUAAUAAAACUUUGGGUUGCAUCAUUUCUAGUCACGAAUACUGAGCUGUCUUCUUUGACUCUAUUAAUCUAGUCACUAUAAUCUAGUAAACAUUUUGUUAUCUAACUUGUGAACGAACAAAAUAAAAGAUUUAAGUUUCAAUUCAAAAUAUAGAAAAUAAACCCAGGAAGUCAACACAGCACCUGGUCGACCUUUCCUCUACAUCUGUCAAAUAACGCAACCAAACAAACAAUAAACCAAAGAACUUUAAGCUCAGAGAGAAGUAAAAUUGGUGCCAAAAUAAAACACAACUGGAGCCAAGGCAUUACAGGCAAUGGAGCCAACAUUAUCUAAUGUACCGCCAGAUAGAGAUAGAGAAAAUUUAUCAUUAGUUGAAUUAUCAUCAGCAGCAACAGUAUUAACUGCAACAAACAUGGCAACAACAGCCGUAUCUUUACCAUCUGCAAAUAAUCAACUCGUUUUAUAUACAGAACGACCGCAAUCAUCGUUCACAUCUAUAAGUUCUAUGAUAUCUAGUGCAUCAGCACCAUCAAAUGCAGCAUCAACAUCUUCCGUUUCAGCGCCAAUUGAGAAGCUAUCACGACCAAUGGCUUUUGAUAAGAUGGAGGCAUUAGUGAAAGAGAUGCAGGAUCCAGAAACCGGUGUGCCAGUUCGAAGUCAAAAAAUCUUUCUCACAUCAAUUCCCUCAGCAUUUAUGGGCUAUGACUUGAUCGAAUGGCUCAUGGAACGUUUAAAUGUGGAAGAAUCUGAAGCACUUAAUAUGGCUAAUCAGCUAUGUCAACAUGGUUACUUCUUUCCCGUAAGCGAUUCCAAAACCCUUGUCGUUAAGGACGAUUCUUCCUUAUAUCGCUUCCAAUCCCCAUAUUAUUGGCCAUGGCGACAACAGAAAGCACCCGAUCAAAUUGAAUAUGCAAUUUAUUUAGCAAAACGUUCGUUGAGAAAUAAGCAGCGACAUGCCUUAGAGGAUUAUGAAACGGAAGCUCUGGCUUCAUUACAUAAAAACUUGAAAGGCAAAUGGGACUUUAUUAUGAUGCAAGCAGAAGAGCAAAUUAAGCUUGCAAAGGAUCGAAAAAAGGGCGAUAAAAUUGUAAGUGAUUCACAAGAGCGUGCAUAUUGGCGUGUUCAUCGUCCACCGCCUGGUCAAUUCACACCAUUAGAGCCAUGUCCAGUGCCAUCAAGAGAUCGUCAAGGAAAGCCUCGGAAACGUACUGAAGAGGACUGGAAACGUGAAGUUAAAAUAACGCGCACAUCAAUGGGUCGAAAUCGCAUGAAAAUGUCAUCAGCUUGUGAGAGUUUGGUGGCUUAUUUUGAAACAUUUGCUGAAUAUGAUCCACUUAUGCAACCAGCUCUGCCUUCAAACCCUUGGGUAUCUGAAGACAUCACUUAUUGGAUACUCAAUCAACAAAUGGUCGAGACACCAACUGAGAAGCGUGUAAAGCGUUGGGCAAUUUCAAUCGAGGAAUUAGUAAAAGAUCCAACAGGUCAACUCGAAUUUACAACGUACUUACGAAAAGAAUAUUCGCAUGAAAAUAUAAGGUUUUGGUCUGCUGUCAAUGACUUGAGACGUUCAUCACACUCACAAAUAACCAGAAAAGCGAGGGAAAUUUAUUCAGAAUUUCUCGAACCCGGUGCACCAUGCGAAAUCAAUAUUGAUGGAAAAACAAUGGAGAAAGUACAGCAGGGACUAAAGGCGCCAUCACGUUUCACAUUUGAUGUUGCAGCUGAACAUGUUUAUACACUUUUGCUCAAAAAAGAUUGCUAUCCACGCUUCAUACGCUCGGAGCAUUACAAAAAUCUUUUAGCUAACGCCAUUCAACCAUCACAAAAGAAGCGAUUCUUCGGAUUUGGUGGUCCGGCAAAAAAGAAACCCUCGACAACGACUUCAACGAAUCAAUCUCUUCUUGGUCAAAUGCCCGGUCCAUCUAGCAAUUCAUCAUUAACAAGACGUCGUGGAAGCGACAGAAGCCUUUCCGGGUCGGCACAUGAACUUGCAGUAUGCGGGAUAAAGCAAGAUCCAUCAAAAGUGCCACACUCGCAUAGUCAGAGCAAUUUAAGUGAAAUUCCAUAUCGGGAGCCUGCAAAGCAUUUGGAAACGACAUUUGAGUCGGCAACAACGACAGCAUGCAAUAUAUGUCCGUGGGAUACAAUUGAAAUUGAAAGUGAACCAGCGCAGACAUUACAACCACCUGUAUCGCCGUCUGCAAAUACAUCAAAACCAAAAUUAACAGUUGAUUUACCAUCAAUACCAUUUACAUCAUCAUCAUCCGAUAUCAUUAAUACUGAUGUUUCAGAACGAAUGAAACGAUCGUGUGGCUUACGACAAAAUACGUUAGAUUCUGAUUUUCAUAGUUCUAAGAGAUUGGCACCUGUUAUCAGUGAGCAUCGUCGGGCUUCUAUGACAAUAGCUCCCAGAAUAUCUGACUUACAUUUUAAUGUCACACCGCCGCCUAAUGAAAGCUUUGUUGGAGAUGAUGUUUAUAGCACAUCAGAACUUUCAUUAGUCAUUAAUAAAGCUGACAGUAUCGAGUGCAAAGAAGAGAUAAAGAUAUCGUCAGAAAGUCUACAGCAAUCAAAUGCUCAACAAUCGGCAUCACUAGAGCUUCCAAGCGGAUAUAAUAAUGAUAAUAAUAUUAAGGACGACGAUGUGAUUGUAACUGGAGAUGCGACUAUUGAUACAAGUCGUAAAUUGUCAAUUGUUGACGAGCAAAAAGGAGCUGAGGUGGAACUAGAAAAACAAGACUCAAUUGCUGACGUCCCCCAAACACCAUCAUUAGUUCAGCAAUCAUCAUCAUCAUUAACGUCAUUGCCAGCCUCAAUUAGUACUCAAACACUUCCAACGCAAGAGUUCCCGGAAGUAUCCGUAUUGUCUAAUACAGUAAUCAAUCAAUCUAUUGAUGUGGAAGAAAUAACAAAUCAAUCACAAGUCGCAAAUGCUCCUGAUAUUGAAGCAUCAAUAGCUCAACAUGAAAUGCAGCAAACAAGUUCUCAUGAAGGAGGAAAUAGGAAAGAAAGAGUUUUUAAGAAGAUGAAAUCGCGUUCGAUUGAGGAAACGGAGAAGAAAUUGACACAUUGUGGAAGUGAUGAAGGCAAUAAAAUCGAGGAUUUUUGUCAAGAUAACACUGCGAGAUCAUCAUUUGAUGAGAAUCAACGGCAGAAUCUACGGCAUUGUUGUAAGCAAAGCAUUUUAACGCAUCAGCAAUCGCAAGCGUCGCAAGACGAGGACUACGAAAUCGCAAUGGUUUCAGGCCUACUUCCAGGUUGUGUUGCCCCUGCACCAACUCCCGCGCCUUCUAUAGCACCAUUAGCUGAAAUUGAAGUCGAUCCUACGGAAGACGAUACAGAAGCACCGAGUGAGCAUUUUGAAAGUGAUCAAAAGCCAGACAUAGAGAGGAGAAAGAAGCGUCGAGAGAAGAAGGAACGUGACAGUGGAUCAAGUCAAGCACAAGGUGAAACCAGUAGCUCAACGGAUCCUGAAAAGGCUAAAAGAAAUGCCAUUUGUCCGUGGGAAGAUGACAGAGAAAUGACAGCACAAGUAGAAGCGCCAUUUGUUAAAACCUACGCUACACUUGGAUAUCUUUAAAAUGUCUAUUUCACAUGCACUCAUUCACAGAAUUAAAGGAGAAAUAAUGAACACAUCAUCAAAUAUAUUGAAAAAGUUAAAAGAUGAAAAAAUUUAAAAAAAAUACUUAACAUACAAAAAAAAUUAAUGAAAAAAUUCUCAAAACCAUUUUUUUCUUCUCUAUGAAUAUAACCAAAAAAAUAUUAUAACUAAAAAAAGAAAUGAACUUUAAUAAUGAAUUAAAAGGAAGGACACAAAAAGUUAAAAAAAUAUAUGAGAAAAAAAUCCAAAAAGAAUUAGGAUUAACAUUUAGGAAGCAUUUAUAAAAAAAUUCAAAAAAAAAAUGGAAAAAAUGAAAGCAGUUGGACACGACGAGGAUAAGUUACGAUGGUAAAUGAGUCCAAUUAUAAUAAUCGCAUUAUCAUAUUAAGCAUUUUACAGUUAAAAAUGAGAAAAAGUGAUUAAUCGAGUCAUUUAGAGAAUGUAAUGAGAGUAGCUGAAGUGAUUAAACUUUUCCCGCUUAACUUUUCAGAAAAAAAAAAUUAUUUCUUAAUUGCGGUCCUGGAAUUUUUUUCAAAAUGUUUAAGUGAAGUGAACCCUUUUUCGAAUUGAAGUUUGUCUGCGUUAUGAGUUUAAUCUGUGUAAUUAUGUUAUUUCAUGUGAGGAAUAUAGAUGCAGUGGUCGUAGAGUAUUUAAAAAUUGAAGAUCAUAGAUUCAAAAACGAAUUGAAAGUU